CCAUUUUAUCUUCUCAUCAAGAUCGGGGUUUUAGCUCUUUCUUCAUUUCUCCUUUCUCUUCCCCUAAAAAAUGGAAUCCCUUGCAAAAUUCAAUCAACAUCCACUGAAUGUCUCAUCCAACAAUCGUAAUCAUCUCCUUCAAUUCACAAAACCCAUUUCUUCAAUUUCUCUCAAAACCCUUUCAAAAUCAAACAAAACCCUCAUAGCUUCAUUUUCUUCGAACAAAAAUCCCCAAUUUGAUAAAACCCCAAAAAACCCGUUCUCAUCAAUCAUCAAAACCACAUGUGUCACCAUCUUCACCACUUCACUGUUCUUGAAUCAAUUCUCUAAACCCUCAAUUGCAGCUCGAAUUCCUCCAGAAACCUUCGAAUCCAUCGAAGAAACCGAGGAAGAAGAAACCAAGAUUGCUCAGGGAGAAGAAGAAAAGCCUAUAGAUGAGAAACAACAGGCCAUUGAUUCACUUCCUAAUGAUGUUGAGAGCUUGAAAUUACUGAUGGAAAACAAGAUUAAGGAUAAGAAAGUGGUGGAGGCGGUGACGAUACUCGAUAAGUUGAUAGAAAUUGAUCCAUCUGAUCCCCAAUGGCCGUUAUUGAAAUCUCAUUUGCAGAGUUCAAUAGGUGAAGCAGAAGCUGCCACAUUAGGGUUUGAAGAAAUUUUAUCCAAAGAUCCACUCUCUGUUGAAGCAUAUCAUGGGUUAGUAAUGGCGGCGUCGCAAUCGGAAACUGGAGAGUUACAGAAUGUGUUGAAGAGAAUUGAGAAUGCAAUGGAGAAAUGUAAGAAGGAGAAGAAUAAGAAAGAAGAUGUAAGAGAUUUUAGAUUGUUGAUUGCUCAAGUUAGAGUGAUUGAAGGGAAUUAUGACGAAGCGUUGAUUGUGUAUCAAGAGCUUGUUAAAGAGGAGCCUAGAGAUUUUAGACCUUAUUUAUGUCAAGGUAUUAUUUAUACUUUGUUGAGGAAAACAGAGGAAGCUGCAAAAUCAUUUGAGAAGUAUCAGAAAUUGGUUCCGAAAGAUCAUCCUUAUCAUCGGUAUUUCGAGGAUAACAUGAUGGCUACUAAGGUUUUCUCACAAAUAGCUGAUAGUCAGACUAGUUGAACCAGAGAUAUGGAGCGUCAUUCGGGAAAUUGAGGUUGGUAAGACCUUUUCAGAUGCUUUAUGUUUCUGUUCUUUAAAUGAAGUUUUGCAAACUUAGCAAGUGAUGAAUAUAUAUGAGACAUUAGGAACACUUAUUAUCGGAAAUUUUUAUGGCAACUUGAACCUUGUUCACAUUAGAUUGUUUGAUGUUGUUAUUCCUGUUUUUUCUUUGUUGAUGAUGAGAAGGAAUUUUUUGCCUAAUAGGAAUAGGAUUGAAAUAAACUUAGCUUUAUCCUU